AAAGGUUUAAUAAAGAUUUUUUGAAGAGGUAUAAGCCUGGUAUAUGACUGUGUGCGGAUCUUGAUUGUUUGAUUGCUCCAUGUUUUUUCUGGAUCUACGCACCGGACCAACUUGGACAUUUGGCGUUGCUCCUUUUCUGUGACUUUGACCUGCUAGACUUCCCAUCUGAGAUCAUGGCAAAAAUAGAAAGUCCUAUCACAUGCUGGCUAAGAGUGCUACGCUAACAGUUUGAUCUGUCACAACAUGACUGUAGGGAAAUCAGUGACAGAAACCUGCUCAAGCAACUCCGAAAGGACCGAAGUGUAUGUCAAAGGAAUGCAGAGGGAAUGAGAGGAAGCUUUAUCACUCUUUUGCAUCAGCGCGACUUGAAUAGAGGAGGAGCAAUGCAUGCAGCCCAACACUAUAAAACCAUCAGAGCUGCGACUUUAUGGAUUUUUGCGCCUAUAAUUGGCCUCAUAUAUGCCUGGAACACAACUCACUAAGGGUGGCCCACUGAAUGUCCCACAUCUUUGCAGAACUUCGACUUCACAGUAUCCCAGCGCUCAAAACACAAAGGAGCUGCAACCACUCAUGGCAAAUCCAGUCUGUGAAACUACAGCACAGAAGAAACAGCAGCCGCAGGGACCCGAGAGGCCAAAUUCACGUCAGAGGUUUAAAGAAAAGCUUAUGCAAUGGGUCUCAUACAUCGCUGGAGACAUGGCAGUGUUCGGAGAAUGGAUGAAAGGGCAGUUUAUCCUGCUUCAGAUUCUGGACUGGGUGCUACGGGGAGCUGCUCAGGUGAUGUUUGUGAACAAUCCUCUCAGUGGACUGAUCAUCUUUGCUGGAUUGAUUCUGCAGAACCGAUGGUGGGCGCUCAAUGGUUUUGUUGGCACUUUGUUUGCAACAGUUUCUGCCCUCAUCCUUGGUCAGAACAGAGGUGCGAUCGCAAAUGGCCUGUACGGAUAUAACGGCAUCUUGGUUGGUCUUCUGAUGGCGGUUUUCUCGAAUGCAGGAGAUUGGUAUUGGUGGCUGCUGCUUCCCAACAUUUUCAUGUCAAUGGCAUGUCCCAUAGUGUCCAGUGCCUUGGCUUCCAUCAACAGUCGGUGGGACCUGCCUGUUUUCACCCUCCCGUUUAACAUACUAGUGUGUCUCCAUAUGGUGGCCACAGGCCACUACAAUCACCACUUUCCUCAGGUUCUCUUCCAGCCACGCAAAUCCAUGCAUAACCUGACAUGGUCUGAGCUGGAGUAUUCUAAGCUCUUCUGCUCAAUUCCUGUGGGUAUUGGGCAGGUAUAUGGGUGUGACAAUCCUUGGACAGGAGGGAUAUUCAUGGUCGCAUUGUUCAUCUCCUCACCCAUAACAUUUGCACAUGCAACUAUUGGAUCAGCAGUUGGUAUGGUGUCAGGUCUUGCUCUUGCUGCGCCGUUCCAGAACAUCUACUUCGGCCUGUGGGGUUAUAACUGUGUUUUGGCCUGCAUUGCUAUUGGUGGGAUGUUCUACGCUCUCACAUGGCAGACACAUCUUCUGGCUGUGGCCUGUGCAUUCUUCUGUGCCUAUCUCGGCUCGGCAAUCGCAAAUGUCAUGUCUACCUUUGGACUCCCAGCAUGCACCUGGCCAUUCUGUCUCUCCGCCCUCACUUUUCUUUUGAUCACAACGGAGAUAAAAAACAUUCAUAAACUGCCUCUCGCUAAAGUCACCUAUCCUGAGAAAAACCUGAUAUACUUCUGGAAGAUGAAGAAAGUGGAGAGGAUUGACAAACAAAGGAAAAAUCAAGAGAAAGAUGUAGAAUCACAGCAGAAGAAAGAGGAAAUAAUGGCUGCAAUGGAAACAAAAGAACACAAGCGUCUUGAUGUUUGCAGUGUGGACGUUCCACAAGAGGAAACCACACAAAAUGGUCAAGAUAGGAAUCCGGAGGCAAUUGAACUUAAUUUAACUCAAUUAUAAAUUUCCCUUAAAUGGUUCACAUGAUGUUUAUUUGCUGAAGGAAAACACAACACAAAAAUAGCUGUGGAAAAUUGUUCUGUAAUGCACUAAACAUCAUUUAGCAUUUUUUGACUAUAUUUAUUUAAAAAAAUAAUAUAUAACUAUAUCUAUUCUGUAGAAAUAGAAACAAUAGGAAUGCACAUGGAUUUUGUUUCAAUAUACAGCUGUCGUCACUUCUUAAUAGCAUGUCACGUUUAAAGUAUGUGAGCCACAAGCACUUUUAGCUUCCAGGCAGGAAGGCAGAUACAUGUCAAAUUAAAACGUCAAAUAGUUUUGUUGUUGUUUUC